UCUUUUUAACAUUUUUAGGAAAUAAAAAAUAAAAAUGAAGGCUUUAAUUUUUGUAUCACUUAUAACAUUGUGCUUUGGCUACAUAAUUGAAAAACCAAUCAGAGAAUCAUCUUGGUAUGUAUGGAAAAUGGCUCAUAAUAAAGCUUAUAGUCACGAGAGUGAAGAAAAUGUUCGAUAUGCAAUUUGGAAAGAUAAUAUGAAUCGCAUAACUGAAUAUAACUCAAAAAGUAAAAAUGUUAUUUUAAGAAUGAAUCAUUUUGGUGAUAUGACAAACACAGAGUUCCGAGCAAAAAUGAAUGGUCUUCUUCUCCACAAACACCAAAACGGCUCAACGUUCUUAGUACCUAGUCAUACUGCAGCUCCAGAUGCAGUUGACUGGAGAUCUGAAGGUUAUGUUACUCCAGUAAAGAAUCAAGGUCAAUGUGGUUCAUGCUGGGCUUUUAGUUCUACUGGAGCACUAGAAGGACAACACUUUAAAAAAACUGGCAGAUUAGUUAGCCUUAGCGAGCAAAAUCUUGUAGAUUGCUCUACUGAUUAUGGAAAUAAUGGUUGCAAUGGUGGAUUAAUGGAUAACGCAUUCAGUUACAUUAAAGCUAAUGGUGGUAUAGAUACUGAAACUGGUUACCCAUAUGAAGGACAGGAUGGGACUUGUAGAUACUCAAAAUCAUCUAUUGGAGCUGAUGAUACUGGUUUUGUUGACAUCCCAGAAGGAGACGAAGAUGCACUAAAGCAGGCGGUUGCCACUGUGGGUCCUGUUUCAGUUGCAAUUGAUGCAAGCCACAUGUCUUUUCAAUUCUACCAUAGUGGGGUUUAUGACGAACCUCAAUGCAGUCCUUCUGCUCUCGACCAUGGUGUUUUGGUUGUUGGUUAUGGUACUGAUAAUGGCAAAGACUACUGGCUUGUAAAAAAUAGUUGGGGCACUGGCUGGGGAACUGAAGGAUACAUUUAUAUGAGUCGUAAUAAUCAGAACCAGUGUGGUAUUGCAAGCAAGGCAAGCUAUCCAUUAGUUUAAAAUAUAUUUAUUUAUUUAUUUACUAUGUUGUAAUAAGGAAAGCCUAACCUGUAAGACUGUAAAAUACUUCAUGUAAAAAUCUUUUUAGCAAUUUUUUGCUUGAUCAUUGA